AUGGCGGAUGCGGAAAAUGAGGCUCAAUUACAUCGUUGUUUAGACGCGAUUAUUCGAGUCAUCGAAAAAACUAUGAAGAAAUUAACCGGCCAAGAAGAAUCAGGAUGUUUUACUAUGGAUGGUGCAUUGGAUACCAAUAUCUACACAUUUACCUUAGAUGCUAAGGAAGAAGCUUUAAUGGAGGAGAUGAAAAUCGAACUUGAAGAGGUCUUGAGAAAAAAUGUGGCCAAAUUAUCGACACUCUACCGCAAAUAUUUAUUAGAUUUUUUGUAUCAACACAGUUAUGAUUACGAUUCUCGAGAGUUCACUCAUCCUUUCAAUGGUGGUAUUCUCAAGGCCUUUGUGAAUGAUGCGCAACAGAUGUUAGCUUCACUGAAAGCUUUUCAAGCAGCUUUUAAUGGCACUGAAGACCAUGUCAAAGAUUUUCUGAAAAGAUUUCCAACCAUGAAGGAUAAACCCGGCCUUUGGGGCACCACUCUCCUAUAUUCAGCGGCUCGAAACAAUCAUGUCAAUCUGGUUCGAUAUCUUGUUACCAAAGCUCGAUGUUCAGUGAACGCUCAAAAUCAACAACAUAUCAAACGAGCUUUGUCAAAAUCAGUCAAAGAUGAUCCUGAUUUUGUUCCGAAUCCAUCGGCUGGUUCAACUGCGCUACAUGGCGCUUGUUUUGCUGGUCAUUUGGAGAUUGUCAAAUUCUUAUUCGAACACGGUGCUGAUUGUUUUCUCAGGAAUCAUGCUGAUGAAACACCGAUUGAUAAUGGACGAACGAAACCAAACAUUAUCAAAUAUUUUACGGAGAAUCUUGUCCUUAGUUACUCGAUCAAAGCCGAGGACUUACCUCAUUUACCGAUUCGUGAAGAGGAUGAAGAUUAUGUGGUCGAUUGUUUUUGGGAAUACAAACCAUUUAAAGAACAAAAAUGGUUUCAAUUUUCCGAACCGGAGUCGGCAACUCUUCAAGAGUCACUAAUAGUCAAACCAGAACAAAAAUUUAAACGCGAAAUUCAUUUACGAGUACGCGCUGGAACUUAUGCUGUUUCGUUAAUUCAAUUUCUACGUUCAGGAAAAGAAACCGAUUUCAGUCAAAAAAUCGCCUGGAUCCGUUGUCGAGGUUCAUCGAUCUUAAAUUUCAGUUGUUAUUGUCUAUGGCAAAUCAUGUUUACCAAAUAUCCCAAAGCUGAAUCAGAGCCAUCGUUGACGAUGUUAACCAUACCAACGGCUUAUGAUAGUAACUUUAAAGUUCAUCUUGAUUCGUGGUAUUUCUGCGAUGCCAAGACCAGUGCUCUAUUAGAUCACACCAUAAAAUAUCGACGAAAAUACGUCCGUUUAGUCGUUUCGCGUGUUUGUCCUGAUGAAUUACUAUUUGAUUUACAAACAUUUUCAUUUACCAAUGACAAUGGAAGUGUCACCGGUUCCUUUCGAUGGAUACCGAAAAUGAUUUCGAAUAAUCCGCGCAACAAAAACAAAAUUAUCGGCAUUGAUGAUUUUCAAACGUUAGCCAAUUUAGAUCCGAUACCUUUAACUACGGGACGAUUGAGAGAAGUUUUACAAAAAGAUGAUCGCAUGUCCAUCGCUGAUGAUGAUGAGCUUCUCGAAAAUGAAGAAGAAUACAGUUCCGACAUGGAAGCAGGCGAUAUUGAAGACAACGAGGAUAAAUACAAAGCUGUGAACGAGGUAAAGAUCUUGACCGUAACACAACCACAUCUUUGUUUUUCAUUUCAGGCGCUCACCUUUCCCAUUAAUCAAUCUUGGUCAGUACAAGAUCUUGCUGAUGGAGAGGGAGAUCCUCAACUGGGUUCGUCGGCAUCUGCGAUUACUACAAGUAAAUCUGACGCUUCAGAUAAUCUGGAUGACAAACGAAUGGAUGAUUUUAUCAAUGAAGCAGCAGCGAAUGUUCGUUCACCGCAACAAAAUCGUUUAGAAGAAAAAGUUACCAGCAUUACGUCGGAUGAUGAUAAAAAUUCAGCUGUGAUCAAAACCCAACUAUCAGAAUUAGAGAAGAAAAAUGAUCAAUUGCAACAAGAUUUACAAAAUGAACAACGGCGAAUAGAAAAAUUAUUAGAUUCAGGCAACAAACAUGAACAAGAAGUGGAACGUUUAUUAGAUCGAAUCGCUAAGAUGGAAGGACAACAGAAAGAAAAUGAACGACAACAAGCAAAAUUAAGAGAAAUGGGUAAAAAUAUCAAAACAGUGGAUUAUAAUAACAUUCAACAUGAAGUGAUCCAUCGAUUUUUAACACCGAAAGAUUCGAUCAUUAUUGGUUAUUUACAAGAUUUAGUGAAAAAUCUCGAUCCAUCAUUCAACGAUCGAGUACCGAAAAUAAUUUUUGCUGGAAAAAACAAUCAAUACGUCGUCACCGUUGUUGGUUUUUCUGCUCAUCAUCAAGGAUUCAAAGAUGUUUUACAACGUAUUUUGUCGCUGAUGAAUGUCAUCGAAUCAGCUAAAGGUUUUUAUCAACGAAAUACCAAUCGGCAGAUCAAAAAAUUCAUGAAAGAAGCGGUAUACUGUGUAAAAUCAAAAACGCACAGUUGGAGAGAAUACGUCAAAGCCUUCAGUCAAUUAUUAGAAGCAAAAAGUGUCGAAUAUGGAAAGAAAUUCCAAGAUUAUCUCGAUGAACAAGCAAACGUUUUGAUCGAUCAAUGUAUCACGGGCAAAUUACCGACACCCUGGGUGGACAUUCGAAAAGCAACUGAUCAAUUUUUGCAGAAACAUCCAUUGAUGAACGAAAUUGAAUCGAUUAAACAUGCGGCAUUAGAAGAAUUUAUCAAAGAAAAUAUUUUUAUUCAACGUACAAAAUUGGAGAAGAAACCAACAGCCGAUUCUGUUGCUGUUCUCCAAGAUUUCAUCAAUAAAGUGCAAAAAGAAUUUCAAUCACAAAAGAUGUAUCAAGGCCACGAACUGAAACAUUUUGCCUUGAUCCCCAAACUUCUUCAACGGCUCAUUCUUUAUUAUGGUUGUUUCAAAGUCCAAUUACCAUUGUAUGAAUCAUCAAAAGAUUUAUUAAACAAAAUUGAAAAGAAUGCUGUGACAACUAUCUCGACAUCCACUGGAUCAGGAAAAUCCACAUUAUUACCGGUCUUAUUGGUUGCUGAAGGUUAUGAUAAAGUCAUCGUCACCCAACCACGACGUUUACCGUGUCAAUUAAUUUGUAAACGUGUCAAUGAAACGAUGGCCGACGAAUCCGGACCAACGAAAAAUCCAUUAGCUGGUUGGGCAGUGAGUGGUACUGAAAAAUAUCCAAACGCAAAUAUUCUUUACUUAACCGAUGGUUUACUCAAAGAACGGUUACUCUACGAUUCAAAUUUAAUCUCCACAAAUACGAAAUUCAAUAAGUCAGUGGUCUUCUUUGUUGAUGAAGUGCAUGAGCGCUCGGUGAAUAUCGAUCUUUGUCUCGCUUUACUCGCUCGAUUAUUAAAUACUCAACCUGAAUUGAAAACGAAAAUGAAAGUGAUCAUUUCUUCUGCAACACUCGAUGCUUCGGUACCCACAUUAUUCCGUAAUAUUCCUCAGGUUGGUCUCGCAGAAUUCAAAAUGCCACAAAUGGGAACUUUACAUACAGUGACAAAAAUUGCUCGACCCAAUGAAAAUGCUUUAGAUAUUGUUCAAGAAUUGUGCAAAAAACGUAAACGGCAUGAUCAAAUUCUUUGUUUUGUUAGCUCAGUUGCCGAAGUAAAUCAAUCAUGUAAAUUAAUUAAUCAAAUCAGUCGAGAAACAAUUGUUGCCUAUCCAUUGAUUCAAUCACAACAUCCCCAUGUUCAACAAUACAACAUCGAGCAUGGUACUGUAUUCUUCUCAACCACUGUUGCUGAAACAUCGUUAACGUUUCCUUGUCUUAAAUACGUCGUCGAUACUGGAAUGAUCAAUGUUCCUGUAUAUGAUUUUGAAUCGAAACGAACUGUUCUACGAGAAGUCCGAGCUGCUGAAUCAACAAUUAAACAACGAUUAGGUCGUCUAGGUCGAACUCAACCGGGUGAAUAUUAUUCAUUAUACGAUUUCAAAGUUGAUGAAGUUCUUUAUCCUGUGCCUCAGAUCUGCCAAUCGGAUUUAAUGAAUAUCGAAUUCUCAUUAAGAAAAUCUCCGUUGAAAAAAGGAUUCAACUAUAUGAAAUCAUUUCUACCAAAUAAACCGUCACAGAAAGCGAUCGAUACGACUAUUGAACAAUUGAGAGACUUAAAUAUUUUGGAGAAAGGUUCCAGUGACAAACUCACAAAUGACGGCGAAGCUUUGGCGAAAUUACCUGAUUUUGGUUCAUUGGCCAUGUCCAAAGCAGUCUUAUCAGCGCUUCGUAAUUAUGAUUGUGGUCGUGAUUUGAUCUGUUUAUCAGCGAUUUUGGGUGUUCUUAACACAACAGGUCUGUUGAAAAGUUUACCUCAACAUCUGAAAAGUCCUGAUGGAGAUUUUAUGACUUUAUUAAACGUAAUGAACGAAGUUCUUUUAGUAAGACAAAGUAGUCCAGCAAAACAAUUUAAUCUCGAUCAAGUUUGUCAAUCGAAAGGUUUAAAAGAGAUUCAACAUGUUAUCCGUCAAGCAUUGAGACGUUACCAAACAUUAGAAAAAAUUUUUAAUCAAUCACCUAAUUUCUGUUCACAAGCUCAAGUACAAUCAGGAGACUGGGAAUUGGUUGCCAAGUCGUUAUUGGCUGGCUAUUCGGAUAAUGUUUUUGUUUCCAUGAAAGAAUUACAAGAUCGAUCCCAUUUAUUCGUUCGUUACAAUAAUCGAGGUGAUAUAGCUAAACUUGAUUUACAAUCGACACUGACACGACCGAUUAGCACAGCACCGGUCUCACUAGUCUUGGCUCGAGAUAUUCGUCAUUCGACGGCUGUUCGAGCCACAGCAAUCAUUUCAUUCGUUGGUGAAAUCAAAGCGGAAUGGCUUGAAUAUCCACUCGAACGUGAAUUUGAUUUGACCGGCGACGAAGAAACUUAUCUUAAUACAACAAAUCGAUAUUCAAAUGCCCAAAUGAAAUUCUCCCAUCGAAUCAAUAUGUCAUUAGGCAGUCAAAAGAUGAAAUUCAAAGGUUCGUCCGGUAUUGUUCUCAAUGCUGAAUUACAUCUUCGACAACAAAUGAUUUCCGAAUUGAAAUUUAAUUUGACAAACAUACCGAAUCCGGCUGAUAAUUCGAAUUUUGCUCGAAAUUUAGAAAGUAUUAUGAAAAUGACCUACAUCUUUAAUCCGAUGAAAUGGCGAUGGGCCACAGAAAGACAAGUGGAGAUUACGAUAAAUAGCAACACAGCAACAAAAACUUGUGAAAUUAUUGUUAAAGGAAGAGAUUCUGAUAAUAAAAAAGUGAAGAACGAAUUUGAUGCAUUUAUUAGCUGGUUACGAAAUUGCGCCGUCAUACGACAUCCAAACGAUUAUGUCAGUCCACGUGUACUUCGUCCUGCAAUGCGAAAAGAUUGUCGAGAUAUUGAAGAAAGAAUCAAUUGUGUUACCGAUACGAAACGAACACCGGUGGAUUUAUACAAGGGUGUCAAAGGUAGUAAUGCGACACGUGAAACACGAAUGGAAGUGGUGGCAUGGAUUGCAGUUUGCAAAUUUGACUGCAAAUUAGAAGGUGGUUUCGUUCGGGAUUGGAUUGUCGGUAGGUAUACAGCGCGACCACCUGGUGUAACCGACCCCAAAAAAUGGAUUGACACGAGUAAUCCUAUGCCAGCUUUAGUAAAAGAAGUGAUUCCAUGCGAUUUGGAUUGUCAUUUACCUUCACAUAUGUAUUUCGAUAUUGAGAAAUUUCAAGAUGAAUUGUAUAAAUACGGCAUCACAUGUGAGGUGAAACGUGAUACUUGGCGAUAUGUUGUGUUAUUUGAUGAGAAUGAGCCUACGGGUCCAUUUACCAUGGAUUUAAUUGAACCCCAUGUGGCAUUGACACAUGAUCGAAUUGAUUUGGAUGUGAAUAAUUUAUCUGUGGAAAAAGACUAUACACAUGAACUUGGAAUGCGUAUCAAUAUUCAGCGAAAGCCUUAUGAAAUUGAAUUAGAAAAUAUUGUAAAUAACAUCAAAAAUAGACAUUUUAAAGUUCUUCGUCCUCUCGAUCACUAUGUUCAACUGCGUAUCAAUAAAAUGCAACAACGUGGAUGGACACAAGAUGGACCUGUUAUGUCAGUCAUACCUGACCCGCAUUAUAAAUAUUAUGCCGUUUUAGUGCCAUUACCAUUGAGUGCUACUCUCUAUAUCGACGUUUCGGCUAAGAUGAAAAGUAUUUCUUUGGCCCAAAUUGUCUCGAUUGAAGAAAUUCGAAAUCCAUAUCUUGAAGAAACCUAUGAAGGUAUGAAGAAACUUAUCGCCAAACAAUGCCCAAAUCAAAACCCAAACGAACAGGAAUUAUUUCAUGGCACGAAAAGUGCUGGAAUCCAAGGUAUCACAGAAGAUGGAUAUGAUGAUCGAUAUUUUAACAAAGGUGGUUUGUAUGGUCAUGGUGCUUAUUUUGCUGAUGAUCCAAACAAAUCACACGGUUAUACUGAAGUGAAUACAGCAAAUGGCACACAUGUGAUGUUUUACAACAAGGUACUGUUGGGCAAUCCAACAACCUUAACUGCUACUGACAAUACACUGGUCUCAGCACCGCAUGGAUUUCAUUCGGUGAUUGGCAAACAUACAGCAAUGACUGAAUACAUCGAUGGUAAAGGAAAUUGUUCAACUGAAUAUGAUUUAUCAUCUCGAUCAAAAUCUCGAGAAAAUCGUUCAAUAUUAUCAACACAAAAUAAAAAACAUAAUAUGGAUUAUAAAACAAAAUCCUCACUUGUUUUUCAAACUGUUAAAUAUCGACGUUCAUCAACAUUAAAUAAUAAAUCAAUUAAACAACGAUCACCAUUAACAAUUAAUCGUUCAUCAUAUCGUCGAAGAAGAUCAAGUAAUUCAAUUAAUUUAAAUAAUAUUAAUAAUCGUUUUCGAUCAACAACUAAUAAUGAACGAAUAAAUAAAGAAUCAUCACCAUGGAUUAUAAAUGAUAAUUCAUUAGAUUUUAUUGAAUUUAUUCAAUUAUUUAAAUCAUUUUAUUUUCAUUGUCGACGUGAUUUAAAAGAUUUAUUUGAUAAAUUUGCAUCAGAAAUAAAUAUUGAACAAGAUUAUACAAUAAAAGAACAAUAUAAAUAUGAUUUAUUAGAUAUACAAAGACAUUUAACUGGUUUAAUAACACGAAAUAUAAUAGAAAAUAAAGAUGAUAAUAAUAAAAAUCGUAUAUAUGAUAUGAUGGCUAGAUCAUCAAUACCUUGUUAUGCUAUAAGUACACAUAUACGUCACAAUUAUCUUAUUGAUAUUGAUUUAUUUAAACUUUUUUUACUUGAACAUCAAAAAGAAGAUAAACAUUAUAAUGAUAUCAUACAAAUUAUUUAUGAUGUCGUGUGUAUAAGUGAUGCAAUACAUCGUGGUGCUGGACAAAUUAUUCCAACAAUGCGUCGUGUUCUUUAUGGAUCGAUGCUUACUGCUAGUCCAAGACUUGUUGAACCAAUUUAUUUAUAUGAAAUUCAGUAUCCACAAAUGAUCGCUGAUCAUAUUUAUAGUGUGCUAAACCGUCGUCAGGGUUAUAUUUCUGAACAACGUCAAAUAUUUGGAACAUCAACAUACGUCGCUAAAGCUUAUCUACCGGUCAGCGAGUCUCUUGGGUUUACUGAUGAUCUUUGUUCGAAUGCUGAUAGUCAAGUAGUUGCCCGAUAUGUAUUUCAUCAUUGGCACAUUUUAGAUGAAGAUCCACUUGAUGAAUCAACUAGAAUUCGACAAGUUGUUAAGAAUAUUCGAAGACGUAAAGGACUGAAAGAAGAUAUUCCAUCUACAAAUGAUUAUCUUGAUAAAUUAUAA